AUGGACCAGAUCUCCUGGACCCUAUCUUCUACACGAUCACCCUGGAAACUAGAUUAUGACGAGAGGGCCGUGUCUACACCCUGGGCACAGAAUACCCCUGCCCCCAGAACCACUGCCGUCUCUCUACCCUCCCUCACUGUGCUCAUUGCCUCCUGUGGGUUAAUAGGGAAUGGCAUUAUCCUCUGGCUCCUAGCUUUCCGAAUUAAGAAGGGUCCCUUCGCCAUCUACAUCCUCAACCUGACCACCGUUGGCUUCUUCUUCCUUCUCUGCCAUACUACGAACAUUAUGGAAAAUUUGCUUUUUUCUCUUGAGUCAGACACAAUAUUUUUGGAACUCAUAGAAUUUUGCGAUUCUGUAGAAGAGAGCCUCCUAGUGGCCACGAGCAUCGAACGCUGUAUCUCGGUCCUCUGCCCCAUUCGAUACCAACAUCACUGCCCCAAGCAUACCAUCAUCUCUUCCGCCGUGUGCAUCCUCAUAUGGUUUCUGACUGCCCUCCUGUCUGGAAGCAGAUACUUCACGUGUGAACAUUCACACUCUUCCAAUGACUGUGAAGAAGUCAGGGAAUUUAGUAAUGUGUGGACAUUCCUCGUCUCCCUGCUGCAGAUGAUCAGCCUGAUUGUUCUUUUCUGUGCCCAUUGCAGCAGAUGCCGGUGCUCCAGACACUCGAGCUCUCGUGUCCUCUUCCUCCUUCUCCUCCUGCAUCUCCUGAUCUAUGGCUUGUCCUUGACUACUGGCUUCUUCAUUAGUGAAUCCGACAAUAUGGCUUUUAAACAUGAAAAUGACCUUGCUGUCUUCAUAUCCUGUUUGGAUAUCAGUGUUAUUCCUUUCAUUUAUUUCUUUGUGGGCUGCUGUAAUCAGAGGAGAAGUGGGGAGCCCCUCGAGGUGCUCCUCCAGAGGACUCUGCUGGAUGAAGAAGAUGAAGAAGAACUGGAAGAUGGAGCAGAAAUAGUUUGUGAGUCUCAUAAGGACAUCAUCCUGACUUUGUGGACACAGCGCUCAUUUGAGGAACCCAUAAGGGGAGAGACUAGUCCACAUGUCUUCCAAGAAUUUCCUUCCCUCCUCCCAUCCAAGAUUAUCCACAGGAGAUAG